AUGUUUUCAAGUAAACUUAGACAAGUUAAUAGAAUAUAUAGUUCUGGAUCAACUAGAAGAUUCUUUUCAAAUAGAUCAAGAUCAAAUGGCGGUAAACAACAACAACAAGAACAAUCAAAUCAAAGAUCAUCAUUUUAUAAAAAAGUUAUAGUCGGAACAACUAUUGUAAGCGCAACUUUAUUAACAACUUCAACUUUAUUGGACGAAAAAAAAAUUAAUGAAGAUUCACCUCUUGUUAAAAGACAAAAGCAAACUUUCGAUAAAUAUGCCUCAACUACAUUAGAAGGCAAAAGACAAAUGACAGCAGAAGAUUUUUUAAAAGCAUUAACAACAUUAGAAACUGAUAGUGGCGAUCACGAAAUUUUAAAAGCUUCAUUAGAUGCUGACAAAUUUAAAGUAUUAUUCCAAAUGGCAGAUGUCGAUCAUACUGGUUAUAUUAGUUUUGAAGAAUAUGUUAUGUUUGAUGAAUUAAUGGCAAAACCAGAAGCUGAAUACUUUUUAGCUUUCAAAUUAUUCGAUCGUGAUGGUAAUGGUUAUAUUUCAAGAGACGAUUUCAAACAUGUCGUCAGUGCAAGUUUAGACCCAACUAUCCCCUUCAACUUUGAUUGUGAAUUAGUAAACUUAUAUUUUGGUGAUGGUAAGACCGAAUUAAACUACUCUCAAUUCACUCAACUCUUAAAAGAUCUUCAACAAGAACGUAUUAAACAAGAGUUUAAAUUCCACGAUAAAUCAAACACUGGUUAUAUUCCACGUGACAAGUUUGCUAAAGUUUUAAGCUCUGUAAAAUUAAGAAAGAUUCCAGAUCAAGUCAAAGAUAAAUUAGAAACAAUCUCUGAAUUAAACGUAAAUUCUGGUCAUUCAAAUGAAGUUAGUUAUUCACAAUUUGUUGCUACUAACGAUAUGUUAUUACAUAUUCCAUCAUACGGCAGAGUUUUAAAAGCUGCUAUUACUAAAUUAAAUAGAGAUAAUAUUAAUAAAGAAGAAUUUUUAACUGAAGCUAGAUCAUCAACAUCAAUUGAAAUCACACCAAUGGAAGUUGAUUUAAUUUUCCAUCUCUUUGAUACUAAUAAAGACGGUAAAUUAAAUGUUGAAGAUUUUGAAAAAGCUACUGGUUAUUCAAUUAAUAAGAUUGCAAAUACUUCAGAUGCUUAUCCAAAUUCAAAUAAUAUUGUUAAUGUUUCAAAAAUUACUGGUGCAGCUGCAGUUGCUGCUCAUCAAGCUAUUUCAACCGAAAAAGCCAAAAAAACAUUUGUUCAACAAAUGUUAGAAUCAAUUGAAAACUUUGCUUUAGGUUCAAUUGCAGGUGGUAUUGGUGCUGCUGCAGUUUAUCCAAUUGAUCUUGUAAAGACUAGAAUGCAAAAUCAAAGAGCAGUUGAUGUUUCAAAACGUAUUUAUGCAAACAGUUGGGAUUGUUUCAGAAAAGUAGUUAAAGGUGAAGGUGUUGCAGGUCUCUAUAAAGGUAUUUUACCACAAAUGGUUGGUGUUGCACCAGAAAAAGCUAUUAAAUUAACAGUUAACGAUUUACUUAGAGAUUUAUUUGGCGAUAAAAGUAAAGGUGAAAUCUAUUUCCCACUCGAAGUUUUAGCUGGUGGUUUCGCUGGUAUGUCACAAGUUUGCGUUACUAAUCCAUUAGAAAUUGUUAAAAUUCGUCUUCAAGUUCACACCACUGGUCCAAAAGCUAGUGCUGCUUCAAUCAUUAGAGAAUUAGGUAUUUCAGGUCUCUAUAAAGGUGCUGGUGCUUGUCUUUUAAGAGAUAUUCCAUUCUCUGCUAUUUAUUUCCCAACCUACGCUAAAAUGAAAACUAUUUUAGCUGAUGAAAAUGGUAAAUUAGGUCCAAUGGAUCUCUUAUUGGCUGGUGCCGUUGCUGGUAUCCCUGCUGCAUCACUUGUCACUCCAGCUGAUGUUAUCAAAACUAGACUUCAAGUAGUAGCAAAAGAAGGUGAACAAACUUACACUGGUAUUCGUGAUUGUUUCCAAAAGAUCCUCAAAGAAGAAGGUCCAAGAGCUCUCUUCAAAGGUGCUUUAGCUCGUGUUUUCAGAAGUUCCCCACAAUUUGGUGUCACCCUUGUAUCUUAUGAAUUAUUACAAAAAGCUUUCCUCCCACAUGCUGAUUAUAAACCACCAACUAAUGCUCCAAUCACCCAAAAAGAUUUUGAUGUAAUUAGAGGUGAUACCAACAGUGUAAAGAAAGUUCAAGAAAUGGAAAAUAAAUUUGGUUCAAUUCACCAAGACUAA